GGCUCAAGAAAGAAAAAGAAACCCUUUAGUACUGGAGUCUUCGCUGCCUUGCAGUGUAAACAUACACCUGCUAGCCAGUACAUCUAUCUCUGAACACUUUUGAGAAUGUGAAAGGGAAGUGUGUCUACAGACAGAGGGCGCACAGAAAGAGAAAUAAAACCUGACGCUGGAUCCGGAGUCCUCCAUCCUUCCCACCAUUCCCUUCCUUAGGCGGCGCAGAGGGAAAGGUCGGCUUUUCUGGUCACCGAUAGAGGGGGAGAGAGACGGGUAGAAAAAAAAUAGAGAGAGAGAGAGCGAGCGAGCGCACGAUAAAAAAGUGAGAGAGUGAGCAAGUUAGUGUUCGAAGGAAAAACAAGCAGUUCAACAUAAAAAAAUUGCUUUCCGCAACAACUUGCUGUAGCUGAAGAUUCUGCAGACUUCGACAGUUACUGUUACGGUUCACGCGGAGGGUCGAACCUUUUGUUUUGACCAGGCAGAAACCAGGACCUGUGAGAACCACACUGUUUGAAAGAAUAAUAAGGCAUCUAUUUAUAUUAAAAUGUCUUCUAAAAUGUCCAGUUCAAACAACAUAUCUCAAGCAAGAAGGACAGUCCAACAGUUAAGAAUAGAAGCCAGUAUUGAGAGGAUAAAGGUUUCAAAGGCGUCUGCAGACCUUAUGCACUACUGUGGGGAACAUGCCAAGUACGACCCUCUGCUAAUGGGCAUCCCAGCAUCAGAAAACCCCUUCAAGGACAAGAAGCCUUGUACUAUAUUGUAGUGGACAACUGAACUUUGUGCUUUUUAAUGUGGUGGCUUUUUUUUUAUAUAGACAAAAAACAGUUUAAAUAAUCUCAUUUAUGUAGUCUUAAGGCCUCCUGGUAUGUACUCCUGUUUUAAGGUACUUUACAUGAAGAAAUAAUGACAAAAUAUUCAUGUAUUUUUUCUCUUUCUGUUUUAAUCUGCGUUGGGUCGGGGCGGGGGGAAGCACAAACCAAAACCAUACUAUUUUUUUGUGCCAGGUAAUGAAAGAUGUUAUAGCAACAGUUAUCUGGGCUCUGUAUUGACUUAUAACUAGGGACCUACCUAAAUCGCGAUUUCGCAGAAAUCGUGAAAUUGAGGGGUCACUGCGAAAUUCACCUCUUAGUGGCCAAUGCAUACAAACAAGUACGGAGAGGAAAAAAAAAAAAAGAAACCUCGUUUAAAUGAACUACUGCACAAUGCAAGCGAUGCAAGCAACGCAAACUACAUAUCUUCCUUCUGUAGAUAGCUCUUUUUUUAUUCCUUUGCCGUCCCGUGUGCAUUGCACUGAAGCAAAAAUCAAACAAACAAACGUCCACAAGUAACAUUUACAAAAUAAAUUCUCCAAAGCAGUUAACGUUCUUGUUUACUAUUCAAAUGACAAAGUUUUAAUCAGCCUAUCAGUGCGGCUGUACUGCUUUUAUGUGAGCUGUACUGUGCAGGAGGGGGCGGGACAAAGUUGGUGCUGCAUUGUUUUGAUUUAGGUUGAUAAAAUCUAGUUUUCAGCAUUGGAGGUAAAAUAGUAGAAAUGGACGACAAAGAAAGCAAAGUAUAUUUCGGCUGAUGAUCUUUUCAAGAUAUUUCCCAAAGAAACUGUACAUGCAGAGUGAGGUAAUUGUUUUCCAUAUCUUAAUGUGUAUUUGGAGAAAAUAUGAUUGAUCGCUAUUUAGCUUCAGAAUUACACAUUAAACAAAAAGGCUACUACAGAGGCUGCUGAACAGAAUGUAAAAUAAACAGCUUUCAGAAACCAAACUGAAAAGUCAGCCCAGACAAAAAGUAUUCCUGUCUGCAAGUUAAAUCAGUACUAAAACGAUCCAGCACAGCCACCUCGCUUCAACCUGCUGCUUACAGUUGGAAUUUUAGACCCGAAUAGCCACGUCUUCUUUGUUUUGACUCGGUACUAAUAAAAUAAAUUAUUGGAUGGGACAAAUAACAUGACAACGAACGUACUGCAAACAAUGCCCUUGUGUAACCGAGUUUUUUGGUCUGUUUCUAAUCGAUUUCCACAUCUGUAUAACUUGGCAAAGCUUUGCCUUAACUUCCAACCAAUUCAGUGGAUGCAGACGUGUAGUCUCAAUGUAUGGGCAAGACAACUGCAGGGGGAUGCUGCAUACUCGCCUUUAACAAAUGAUAGCACUGUUUUAGUAAGGAAGCAAGUACCACUAUUUUUAGGCUUUUAUAGUGCUCUGAAAUACUAUCUACUUAGGUUUAUUUAAUGUUUAAACAGGUCCGCGAAAUGUCGAAAUCCUAAUUUUAUUCUGCAACAUACCCAUGAAAAAUACGUAAAUUUACCGCGAUUUAAGUAGACCCCUACUUAUAACAGGGUUUGAGGUCUGUGGUAUGCAAUAUAUACAUGUUCUGUUUGAGACCAAAGUUGCCUCAGAAUUAUCCUUUAUGUACAAUGAAGGAUGUUUUUAACAAGUACUUUUUGUAUAUGUGCUUCUUUUUCACUAGAUUCUCCUUUUUUGCCAGCUGCUCCUUAUAAUUAGUCAUUUAAAAAUGUAUUUAGACAGUACUACAAAGUUUCAGAAAACCUAACCUUGCAUCCUAAAAUAUAUUGAUAUUCUGUUGUAUUAAAGUAUAGUGCAUCCUAAAAUAUAUUGAUAUUCUGUUGUAUUAAAGCUAUUUCUGUCACAUUUUUCUAAGAUUGUUCACAAUAUCCGCAUGUUAUACUUUCACCACUGGGAUUGUAUGUUUUUGACAGUCUUAAGACUGGGGGUGUGUGUUAAAGGGAGCUAAACACGGCACUGGAAUGCAAAACAGAAACAUUUUCAAAUGCACCUUUGUUGAGGCAUUCAGCUAUUGUGACAUCAGUAGUACUGGAUGACGUCGUAACUGCAUGUAGCCCUAUUUGUUUUCUGGGUGGACAGCCAGGAGUGUUAUACGAUGUAAGCUGAAUAGAGUGACAUCUAUUCAGUAGCUUCCUGGGAUGCCCAGUAAACGUACAAAGAGCGGUCAGCAUACUUAAGGAUGACGACUGUUUCUGUUUUGCAAAUCAGUUUUGUCCUUUGCUCAAGUUGACUUUUCACGUACAUCACAAAUGUAAUGCAAACACAAUGUAAGUUUUACCACAGUUCACCACUUCAUACAGAUUCUAAUCUCACUGAUGUUAAAGGUUGCUUGGUUAUUUUUAAGUCUCAUACGAAAAAGGUUAUAUUUAUUGCUUCUAUUUUAUGGUACCACCACAUUACAACACAAAUUAAUCUUGCAUGUUGUUCCUAAUGCCUAAAUGCCAAUGCAGCCCUCUCUCUUUCUAAUAUAUUUACUGUAGAUUGAGUUGCCUGUUGUCCUUUUUUGUCUGACACUGAAUAAACGUAUACAGUAUAAAUAGAUAUUGCGGCGUUCCAUACAAGUUUAACGUUUGAUUAAUUUGAUAAGUCAACGAUAUCCCACUAGCACAAGACUAUGGGGUGAUGAGACUAAUGUUUUAUUAGUGUAGAGUCAUCACAAAAAUCUUGGGCUUUCCAUUAGUCUGGUAUUGAUGACUUAUUGGAGUAAAAAAAAAAAGAUAUUUUUAUAAAAUUGUCCAAUAUAGAAAUAUUAUUGGUUUUGAAAGACCAGUGGUUAAUAACUGGGGAACUUGCAUUUUUAAAAUGCAAACUGGAAACCCAGAUAUAAUACCGUAAAUAUACUAUUACUGAGUGUGUUACAACAUCAGUAGGCAAGAGAGAAUAGAAGAACUUACAGGGCAGAACUUCUUCACAUACACACACACUACCUCUUACCUUGGAGGUAAGCAAAGAGAAGGCCUUCUCCUAACAUAAUACUGUAAUAAAUGGCAAGGGCAGCAGCAUUGCCAUGCAUGUAACGUGGAAAUGCCUUCAAACAAGCAAAAGGAAGGAUUUUUCUGUUGUAGUAAUUAAUUAUUCAACUAUAGUAUUCCAUUUUGAGAUGAUGGAAAAUUAAUCUACGGUAUAUAUUUUUUUUAAAUCUGUUUUGAUAGUUGUGAAGCUUAUGUGCCACAGUACAACCAGCAUCUUUGUGCCAGCUAUACUCCUCUAACCAGUAUUGGCCUUGUUAAAGUGUGUGUCUGUUGUUGCAGUAGAAUAGUACAGAGCAAUCGGGAGAACAAUGUCUUGUAACUGAAACACUUUAAACUCAUUACCAAAUCGACUCUUGUGAUCGCUCCCUAGCCAUAAAUGUGGUUUUGGCUAGGAUGAAAAUCAAGGUUGAUAACACUAAAAAUGAAUGUUUCGAAGGAUUUGUUUUAGAUGCCAACAUGUUAUUAAAGUAUUGAACUUAUCUAGCCACUUUGAGCUGCUGUUCAUAUAUUCACUGCUUAAUAUGGGCAGCAAAUGUCCCAUUUGAAAUGUGAUGGAAUCUCAAGUAGCAAUUUACUGCAAAACAAUGGAGUCUAACAAGUAGUACAGUGCAGGUGCAUACAGUAGAUCCCCCAAUAGUUACUAAAUCAGACAUGCACUACUAGAUCAGCACACUGAACCCUAUGGCAGCAGAACACUAUUAAAUAUAUGCUGCCAUAUUUAAUAGUGUUCAGUGUGUGGAUCUAGUAUAUGUCUACCAUUUGAAACGUGGAUACAUGGUUCUCAUUGACUCGCCUAUUAAAAGCACUGCCCUCUGGGAGAGUCAUGCCAUGGUUCGAAUUGCCAAGGAUGGCAUUACUUAAAUCAGCAGCGGCCCGCUCACUUUAUAAUGGUACUGUACAUUAAGAUUUGUUUCUCUUUGCACAUGUUAUUGAAUGGUGGAAUGUCAAGCCACGUUACUGCCAGUGGCAUUACGUUGUAUAAAACCAGCUGUUCAGGUCAUUAAGCAACACCGGUAAAUCUAAAUGGCCAAAACUUCAGCCAAAGGACUGCAACCUUUUUACUGAAUAGUCUUUGUGUACAUCAUGCAAUAAUGCGUAGAAAGGUUCUCCUGCUUUUGAGUAUGGUAUGUAACAAAUAAUGAAUUUUUAAGUCCUAAAAACUGAGUGGCUAAAUUGAUUGAUAAAGAAGCAGUUACUGUAAGUAUUAAUGUAAGUAGAUUAUCAGCCCACCCCCCUUUCUAUUGGUUGGUUUGUCAAUAUGCAAAAAAAACAUGGGCCCAUUUUAAUUCUAGAUCCUCAAAAUAAAUCUAAACAAGCCAAACAGCCACUUAAUGUACUGCAAAAGUAGGAAUGAAGGCAUGAUGGCCAAAAAUGUGGAACCCUUUACAUGGCUGCUCAGAGUGUGACCAGCUGCCUAAACAUGUUUCUAAACGUGUUCUUUGACGGUGUGCUAGGAGGCCUGAUUACUUAUAUUGUGUAUUGAUUUUUCUUCUGCUUUCAUUAUGCUGUACUUGUUUAUAUUGCUUUGCUUGAGCUGGUUAACCCUGCCUACCUUUCCACAAUCAUGUUGCUGUAUUUCGCAAUUUUAAAUUCAAACGUACAUAAACAGUGAAACAUCUUACUUUUCUAUCAAGUAUGCUUGUUGUUUUGUUUUUUUUUGCCAACAUACACGUCGUUUUAUAUGCACAAUCUAACCGGAUUUAAGUUUCCUGUUGGAUGAAUCGAUUCUCCUCCUAUCCUCUAUGUAUUGUGCAGGUAGACCAGUCCAAACUGGAUGGAGUUUGGUAUGUAAACUCUGUACUGAGAUUGAAAAUAAUGAAAUACAAAAGGAUCGAUUCCCUGUGCAUGUAAACGUACUAAUAAUGAGCAGUUAAAAAUAUAUAUAUAUAUAUUAUAUAAUUAUAUCUAUCUAUCAUUUUAAUUUGACAAAGAUAUAAACACACUGUACUUUUCAAAGUACUGUACUGUUAAACGUCAUGGGUGUAAUUACUGCACAUUCACUUCAAUAAACAUUGCCAGAAUUUUA